UCCCUUCUUCUCCAUAGUUGUGGGACUUAAACAUCUUCCACACAUGGCUACUCAGAGACUUGCUAGUAUUCUCUUCUUUGUGUUAUUGGGCAUUGGCAUAUGUUCAGCUGCUAGAGCCCUCCUCAGUCACGAUGAAGGAGCUGCCACUGGUUAUGGCGCCGGCCAUGGCAUUGGUGGUGGCUCUGGGUAUGGAGGAGGAAUUACAGGAGGAUAUGGUGGUGGCGGUGGAGGGGGCUCUGGUGGUGGUGGUGGGUAUGCAGCAGUAGGGCUGAAGGGUGCUGACGCCUAUGGUACUGGUGCGGGAAGUGGCAGCGGUGAAGGUUCUGGUUAUGGUGCUGGUGGAGGACAUGGAGGUGGCUCUGGUGGUGGUGGCGGUGGUGGUGGUGGUAGUGGGGGUGGUGGUGGAGGUGGUGCUGGUAGUGGUGGCGGUAGUGGCCAUGGAGCUGGCAGUGGUAGUGGUGGUGGUGCUGGAUAUGGUGCUGGAGGAGAACAUGGUGGAGGCUAUGGUGGAGGCGGUGGUAGUGGAGGAGGAGGUGGUGCGGGCUAUGGUGCAGGAGGAGCUGGAGGAGCAGGCUAUGGCAGCGGUGGUGGGGAAGGAGCUGGUGGUGGAGCUGGCUAUGGUGCAGGAGGUGCUGGCGGUGGAGGCUUUGGUGGUGGCGGUGGUAGCGGAGGAGGAGGUGGCACGGGCUAUGGUGCAGGGGGAGCUGGAGGAUCAGGCUAUGGAAGCGGCGGUGGUGAAGGAGGCGGUGCUGGCUAUGGAGCUGGUGGAGAACAUGGCGGGGGAUACGGAGGUGGCAGCGGUGGCGGUGGCGGUGCCGGCGGCGGUCACACUGGCUACAAGCCAUGAAAAUACCAUAAAAUUGUCCAAGUCCUACUAUCUCUGAUGUCAUCGAAAAAAUCUACUAUCUCUGCUAUGGGAUAUAAUUAUUAGUAUAAUAACUGUAAUGAGGGAAGAAUGGAAGAUUACUAAGUAAAAGAUAAUGGCUUUGUGUUGUGUUGUGUCUCUAA